GUUUUAUUUGGUCUUCUAAUCUAGCACAGAGUGUCAGAUCUCAGCCCUAUGAGAACAGCUGCUGUUUCCCAUGCAACUUGAAAAUAUGCCAAGAUACACUGUACAUGUACGGGGAGAAUGGUUGGCAGUGCCUUGUAAGGACCCUAAACAAACCAUCAGAUGUCUGGGCAAGGAAGCUCUGAGAAGGUAUAUAAAGAAUAAACCAGAUAAUGGAGGCUUUGAUUCACUGGAUAAUGUCAAAUUUUACCUCCGAAGAUGUAAAGGACUGGGUUUACUAGACCUUGAUGACACAUUGGAAGAUUGUCUGGAGGAUAAUGAUUUUGUUGAAGUCGUUAUGGAAGGAGAUGUGAUGUCCCCAGACUUCAUACCAUCUCAGCCAGAAGGUGUUCAUUUAUAUAGCAAAUAUAAAGAACCAGUAAAGUAUAUUAGUAUAGAUGGAGAAAGCCUGAGAACAGAGGAUUUGCUUAACCUUGGAAAAGGACUCUAUAAAAUAAGGCUUACUCCUGAUGCUGAGCAAAGGGUGAUGCAGUCAAGGCUUCUCAUUGAAAGCAUUGUGCAGGAGAAGAAAGUUGUUUAUGGAAUCACUACUGGAUUUGGAAAGUUUGCUCGCACAGUAAUCCCUGUAAGUCAACUCAAGGAUCUUCAAGUCAAUCUUGUGCGAUCCCAUUCUGCAGGUGUUGGAAAGCCUCUAAGUCCAGAUCGUACCCGCAUGCUUUUGGCUUUAAGGAUCAAUGUCUUGGCCAAAGGGUAUAGUGGCAUUUCACUUGAAACUCUACAACAAGCUAUAGAAGCUUUUAAUGCUUGUUGCUUGCCCUACAUUCCAGAGAAGGGAACCGUUGGAGCUAGUGGAGACCUUGCCCCCCUUUCACAUCUUGCUUUGGGCUUAAUAGGAGAAGGCAAGAUGUGGUCACCAAAGAGCGGCUGGGCUGAUGCUAAAUAUGUUCUUGAGGCACAUGGACUAAGACCAGUUUCACUGAAACCUAAAGAGGGUUUAGCUCUUAUUAAUGGGACGCAGAUGAUCACAUCUCUGGGGUGUGAGGCCGUGGAGAGAGCCAAUGCAAUUGCCAAGCAAGCAGAUAUUGUUGCUGCUCUAACAUUGGAGGUCUUGAAAGGAACCACAAAAGCCUUUGACACUGAUAUCCAUGCACUACGACCUCAUCCUGGACAAGUGGAGGUGGCCUUUCGAUUUAGAUCACUUCUGGAUUCUGAUCAUCAUCCAUCAGAGAUUGCUGAGAGUCACAGGUUUUGUGACCAAGUCCAAGAUGCAUACACACUGCGUUGCUGCCCACAGGUACAUGGUGUGGUGAAUGAUACCAUUGAUUUUGUGAAGAACAUCAUUGCAACUGAAAUUAACAGCGCGACUGACAACCCUAUGGUUUUUGCAGCAAGAGGAGAAACCAUUUCAGGUGGAAAUUUCCAUGGUGAAUACCCAGCUAAGGCCUUGGAUUAUCUUGCUAUUGGGGUCCAUGAGCUUGCUUCAAUCAGUGAGAGAAGAAUUGAAAGGCUUUGCAACCCUUCCCUUAGUGAACUGCCAGCAUUCUUGGUAACUGAGGGUGGACUAAACUCUGGUUUCAUGAUCGCACACUGCACAGCAGCUGCACUUGUUUCUGAAAACAAAACUUUGUGCCAUCCAUCAUCUGUGGACUCCCUCUCAACUAGUGCUGCUACUGAAGAUCAUGUCUCCAUGGGAGGCUGGGCAGCAAGGAAAGCACUUCGAGUCAUUGAACAUGUAGAACAAGUGUUGGCCAUUGAGCUGCUUGCAGCCUGCCAGGGUAUUGAAUUUCUACGCCCUCUUAGAACCACCACUCCAUUGGAGAAAGUCUAUGACCUUGUCCGCUCAGUGGUCAGGCCUUGGAUGAAGGACCGUUUCAUGGCUCCUGACAUUGAAGCUGCUCAUAGACUGCUUGUUGAUCAGAAGAUUUGGCAUGUAGCAGAACCAUACAUUGAAAAAUAUAGAAUGGAACACAUUCCUGAAUCCAGACCAGUGUCCCCUACUGCUUUUUCAGUGGACUCAAUGUCGCUAAGUAACGCCUCUGUGCAUGAUCCCCAGGACCACAACGAUAACCAGGACCGUGAUAAUCUUCAGGAAUUGCAGUCCUCACUAAAUGAUUUACGUACAAGUCCAUAGCUGUUUCCAAAUUGUAGAUGUUUUCUUAAUAAGUUCCUUUAGUAAUUGGACAAGUUUUCAAUCAUAAAACUCUACUGUUGUAGGCUUUUGUUGGUAAAAAUAUUUUGUAAUGUGCAUGCCUGCCAUAUAUUGUAGAUGAUACGUGUCGUGUAAUGUAAUCCUUUCGUUGUAAGCAUGUAGAAAAUGUACAUUAAAACAAGAUGAUAAGAUCAAUGACAAAA